AUGGCCGACAAAGACAAAGAAAAAGACGCCAUCACCACAUCCUCCACCCAGCCACCCUCCACCUCCUCGAAAUCCCCUGACCGAGCCCCCUCCCCAACCCCUAUCCAAGACACCGCCGCCGCCCUCCCCUCAGAUGCCGAAAAGCCCCCAACACCACCCCGAGACGACUCCAACAUGGUCUACCCCACCGGCCCAAAACUCUACCUCAUCAUCUCCUCCCUCUGCCUCUCCGUCUUCCUGGUAGCCCUCGACCAAACAAUCAUCGCCCCCGCCCUCGGCGCCAUCACGACCGAGUUCUCCUCCGUGAGGGACAUUGGCUGGUACGGCGCCAGCUACCUCCUCACCACCACCGCCCUCCAGCCCUGCUACGGCUCCCUCUACCGCAUGUUCUCCGUCAAGUACACCUACCUCGUCGCCGUCUUCAUCUUUGAAAUCGGCUCGCUCAUCUGCGCCGUCGCCCCCACCUCCAACGCCUUCAUCGCCGGGAGGGCCGUUGCCGGUAUGGGCACCGCGGGUCUGUUUUCGGGAUCGAUUGUGAUUUUGAGCUACACCUUGCCACUGAGGAAACGGCCGGCCGCGUUCGGGUUGAUAGGAGGGAUGUGGGGGAUCAGCUCCGUCGCCGGUCCGUUGCUGGGGGGGGCGUUCAGCGAUGCGCCCAACCCGGGGUGGAGGUGGUGUUUCUACAUCAACCUCCCCAUCGGAGCGUUCGCCAUGGCGGCGAUAUUCUUCUUCCUCAAGAUCAACCGGGUUGAUAACCCUGAGGGGCUCACGUUUCUGGAAAGGAUCUUGAGGCUUGAUCUGGCGGGGACGGCGAUGCUCAUCCCGGCUGUUAUCUGCUUGUUGCUCGCCCUGCAGUGGGGCGGGACCGAGCACGCCUGGAACAGCUCGGUGAUUAUUGGGCUGUUUGUCGGGUUUGCGCUGAUGAUUGGGGCUUUUGCUGUGAUUCAGGUUUGGAAGGGGGAUAGGGGGACGUUGCCGCCGAGGUUGUUCAAGAAUAGGGAUGUUGUCUGCGCGAUGUUGUUUGCGUUUUUCUUUGGGGCGGGGUUUUUUCCUUUGGUUUAUUAUCUUGCCCUCUACUUCCAAGCCGUCCAAGGCGACACCGCCGUAACAGCCGGCAUCAAACUCCUCCCCCUCCUCAUCUCAGUCGUCAUCACCUCCGUCGCAACCGGCGGCCUCGUCACCGUCGUCGGCUACUACAACCCCUUCAUCCUCCCCUGCAUGGUCCUCUUCGCCACCGGCGCGGGCAUGAUCACCACCUUCUCCCUCACCACCCCCUUCAGCGCCUGGUUCGGCUACCAGGUCCUCGCCGGCCUCGGGAUCGGCGUCGGCUUCCAGACCGGGGUUCUGGUAGUCCAAAACGUCAUGCCCCUCGAGUGGGUCCCCGUCGCCACUGCCUGCAUCCAGUUCUUCCAGUCCAUCGGCGGCGCCAUCUUCAUCGCCGUUGCGCAGGCAGUCUUCCAGAACGGCCUCAUUGACACCUUGGCUAAAGACGCGCCUGGCCUGCCAGCGGAACUGUUUCUCAAUAUUGGCGCCUCUCAGGUCAGCCAGGUGGUCUCCGCCCCUCCCCCCGCUGGGCUGGGGAGACCAGAUGAUGUGAAUAUCGUCUUGAACGCCUACCUCCAGGGGUUGAGAAACACGUAUUACAUCGCGGUUGGUUGCGCCUGUGGUGCCUUUGUGGCGGCGUGCGGUCUGAGUUGGAAAAAGAUUCAACGGCAUAGAGCCAAGGCAGCAGAUGAUUCAGAGGGAGGAGGAGGAGAAAAGAGCGCCGUGGUUGUUCCUGCUCACUAGAACCACCCACCACAUAGACAAAAGACAAGCAUUAUGGCUUGUCUACCAUGAUGAACAUGUAUCUAUGAUACCCACAUCACAGCCACCAAUCCAACUCGAUGAUAAUAUUCGACAUAUUCAUAUUGUAUAUACUUCUGUCCAUACCUUCCCCCACAAACAAAAUAAAAUACAUGAGAAUAAGUAAUAUAUACUUUGUCCAAGA